UCAUAAAUAUGGCUACACACCAACUGAGCCGCUUAGUCCGUCGCACCUGUCAUGCCGCUGCGAACACGAAUCCGCCGCACCUUCUACGCACACUGAGCAGUACAGUAAAGCCUCGCCGGAUGGAAGACGUACGGUAUACAUCAACGCGGGAGCUCCCCUCCACCAAUCUGGCGGAUCUGGUUCUCUAUCAGCGACAAAUGCCAACAAAUUUCAAAAAUAAUGGUUUCAAAAAUGGUUCUUUUCCCGAAAAUGGUAACAAUAGCGAUGUUAACGAGGCAUUUGAGAAUGCUAUUAAGAAAUUAAACUCCCUGCAGUCGAACGAUGCUGCCAUCCGGAAUUCUGUCAAUAAUCCUAAAGUGGAUACCGUUAAGGAUACGAUUAAGUAUCUGGAGAGGAGUGGCCUGCCCCUGGAGACCGUGGAGCAGCUGUCCUUCAUCCAUGUGGCUGGCACCAAGGGCAAGGGCUCUACCUGCGCCUUGACGGAGUCCUUGCUGCGUCAUCAUGGCUACCGGACUGGCUUCUUCAGUUCACCCCACAUCCUGUCCACCAACGAACGGAUUAGGAUCGACGGCCAGCCGGUGGCCAAGGAUAAGUUCACGGAACACUUCUGGAAGGCCUACAACCGACUGUGGGACCGGCGAGAGCACGAAUACGACAUGCCCGCCUACUUCAAGUUCCUGACCAUUCUGGGCUUCCAUAUCUUCCUCGCCGAGAAGGUGGAUGUGGCGGUGCUGGAGGUGGGAAUCGGCGGAGAAUGCGACUCCACGAAUAUUUUGAGAAAUGUGAAGACUGUGGGCAUCACAUCACUGGGCCUGGAGCAUACGGAACUCCUGGGCGGGACCCUGGAGCAGAUUGCCUGGCAGAAGGCGGGCAUUAUCAAGCCGGGAUCGCAUGUCUUCACCCAUGUGGGUCAGGAGCAGUGCCUCCGGGUGAUCCGCGAGCGGAUCGAGGAGAAGAAAGCCACUCUAUUUGUGGUGCCACCGACGGAGGACUAUUUCCAGGAGGACAAGAAGUAUUCCCGGUACUGGACGACCUUCAAUCAUUUCAUCCGAUUGAACGGAUCCCUGGCCAUUCAAUUGGCAAGCGAUUGGCUCUCCCGACAGUCCAAGGAUAACCUCACACCAAAGAACUGGUCGCCCAACGAGGUGUACAUGAAUGAUGUGGUCCUGGAGGGACUCGUCAACACCCACUGGCCGGGACGAUGCCAGCUGGUGGACUGGCGUGGCAUGCGGCUUCACCUGGACGGCGCCCAUACCAUCGAGAGCAUGGCCGUGUGCACGGAUUGGUUCGCAAAGAGCAUCAAGGGCAGUAACAACCCCAAGAUCCUGAUCUUCAAUCGAACGGGAGAGUCGGGCUUUGAACCGCUGCUGGAACUGCUGAACAGCACCUGCGCCUUCGACAUGGCCUGCUUUGUGCCCAACCUGGCCACCAACAUGCCCAAUGCCCCCAGCCAGGUGAUGGUCCGGUUCACCGCCGAAAUGCAAAUGAAACGGGCCAAGAUGAUAGCCGAGGAGUGGCGGAAAAUUAGUGAUCGGCUGGGCCAGGAGGAUCGCGGACAGGUGUUCGGCACUCUCUGCGACGCAUUCACGGCCAUCCGGGAGAGAUAUCCGGCGGAUAGUGAGAACGGAAAGCUGGAUGUCCUGGUGACUGGAUCCAUACACCUCCUGGGAGCAGCGAUAUCCGCCUUGGAUCUGAUCGAUCAGGACAAGAAUUAACGGAUAUAUGUCGUAUUCCUUGAAUCACAACCACCUCUUAGACUUUAGACUUACAAUUAGUUCCAGAGGCAACAAAAAAAUAGAAUUAGUCCUUGAAAAGGACAUUUAAAUAUUUAUAAUUUAAUAAAAUACAUAAAACAAUGUAAA